AUCUUCAAAAUACCCCUAUGCAGUAAAUAUAUGAUUCGACUUUAUUUUAGGAGAAAAGAAGAAGAAUAAUUAUUAGCUCUGUUAGCUGGCUUAGCAGCUAUCGAAAUGAUAGAAGAAUAGCGACAAAAAGAAGAAUAAUAAAAAUUAGUGUUUCUGCUAUCCCUUUUAGCACUAUAAUAAAGCGAAAAAUAGAAAAAAGUGCUUUAGUUAGUUUCUUGUUGUUAGGAUUCCUGUUCAUGUAAAAGAAAAAACAAGAGUAUUAAAAGUUGGUAACACCAUUGCGGGGGAAAUGUAUAUUAAACAAACUAAGGAACAAUAAUGUGCGAGAAAUGUGGAUUAGAAAAACCCUCUCAUUAUUGGUAUUUAUAUUGCUAAAAUGAAACGGCGGACGACUACAAUUAUCCUGUCAAUUCCUUUGAUAAUUGUAUAUUUAAUUGUGGGGAAUCGUUAAAAUAAGUUAAGGAUAAUAAAGUUGCUCUUGAUUUUUUAAAGGAAUACUACAAUGCCCUUAAAAGUUAAAUGGGAAAUGGUAGAAGAUGAAUUGCUUUGGCGUUAUA